CUUUGUUAUGACUGGAAUAAUGGCUAAAUGCUUUUUGAAUGACUAAUUAGCGUUUUACAUGCGGUUGCUCGGUAAAGCACCUGGUCUAAGUACUUUUCUAAGACCAGAGAAGAGAGAAACCCGUUAAACAUCUGUAAAAAAAAACAAACAAGAAAACGCUAUGGUCGAAUCUAGAAGAGCCAGUCAAACUAAUUUCAAUGAACUGAUGCACUUCCGUCUGGCUUCUGGAGCAAGCAAAGUCGGUCUCCUUGGCCACGACAGAGAUGAAGAGCCAACAGAAAAGCCCUGACCAACCAGAUGGAAGUAUUACAGUGAACGAAGAAGGUUCUGUAGCCACUGCUGAAGACCCUGCAGCUAUUGCCACAAUUCAGUCUGCUGCUACAUUCACAGAUCAACCCAUUAAAUAUCUUUUCAAAACAGAGGGGGCCGGUGGACAGGUGACUUACAGAGUGAUCCAGGUGUCAGAUGGGCAGCUGGAGGCUCAGACCGAUGGUGCAGCAGCAGUUAGCCUGGUUGCAGGUUUCCCUGCCACCUCACAGACUGUCACACAGGCUGUUUUCUCUCAAUCUGAGGGAUUGGAGGGUGAUGGUGGUGCUGAGACACAAUAUACUUAUUACCCAGCUACCAUUGCAGAUGCCACGACUGGAACCAUGGUAACCACCGUACAAGCCCCUGACACUUUGUUAGGCCAGCCCACACCAACAGGCCAACUUUAUGUAAUGAUGUCACCACAGGAGGUUUUGACUGGAGCCAACCCCAGAACAAUCGCACCUCGCACUCAACCGUACUUGGCAAAGCAAGAUGCUCCUCGGGGUUCCAGAGAUGACAAGCGACGGGCUCAACACAACGAGGUUGAGCGUCGGCGGAGAGACAAGAUCAACAAUUGGAUUGUUCAGCUCUCUAAGACCAUUCCGGACUGUAAUGUGGACUACACCAAAACUGGACAAAGUAAAGGAGGCAUCUUGUCAAAAGCCUGUGAAUAUAUUAAAGAGCUAAGGCAAAGCAACCUAAAGCUCGGAGAAGACAUAAGCACUCUAGAUCGUCUACGGAUUGACAAUCAACUCCUAAGACAGGAGGUGGAAGACUGGAAGUCCAAGAAUCAGAUCCUGAGAAACCUCCUUCGACAGCAUGGCAUUGUGGGAUCAUCCAGCACAGAGCCCCAGUGAGAGGCUAGGCGCUGAUGUGUAUUAUAGAAACAAUGGGCCAAAAGAGUACUUGAUACACUUAUAUAAACAGUACCUGUGUGCAUGGAAAAAGAUCAAACAAUUCAGCAUUCAAUUUUAGCUUUGUUGUUAUUAAUACUUUUUUAAGCGUUGUAGGCAUUCAAAAUUCAGUCAUCACAUGUUGUAAAGAGAUGUAGGCUUAAGGCCAGCUCAUGCAGUUCCAGUAGAAUCCAUAUUCAGCAUAGACUGUGAUAUCCAGUCGUGUAAGCUCGCCACAUAACACAACUUCUCUAUGGUUAUUGUUAUAAUGUCUAUAAAUGUUGCAAUUUUGUAUAACUUUUCAUAACUGACAUUUCUUUCAUUAUGACUUUGACAAGAUCAUAUGACAAUUUAAAAGUGUUUUAUUUUUAAUGUUCACAAUGCCUUGAUAGGGACAAAAAUUACAUUGCAACAAUGUAACUGUUAAAAUGAAGACAAAUGGGUCAUAACUGAGAAUUACAUCGUAUGUAUGUCUUUUAUUAAAUAUCAAAUGUCCAACUCAAUUUCUCCUAAUAAAAAUGAAAUAGUGAAUAAUGCA